UCAUCUGGCGCUGGAUCGUCUGGCUCGACAGCGGGCAUCGGGUCACCAGGCAUGACAGCGGGCACUGGGUCAUCAGGCAUUGGAUCGUCUGGCUCGACAGCGGGCAUCGGGUCACCAGGCAUGACAGCGGGCACCGGGUCAUCAGGCAUUGGAUCGUCUGGCUCGACAGCGGGCAUCGGGUCACCAGGCAUGACAGCGGGCACUGGGUCAUCAGGCAUUGGAUCGUCUGGCUCGACAGCAGGCCUUGGGUCACCAGGUAUGACAGCGGGCACUGGGUCAUCAGGCAUUAGAUCGUCUGGCUCGACAGCGGGCAUCGGGUCACCAGGUAUGACAGCGGGCACUGGGUCAUCAGGCGUGAUAGGAUCA